UAGCCAUGGCUCCACAAACCUUCCUCAUCGUCCUCCUCACAGUCGUCUCGUUGUUCGCCGUAGCCGUGGUAGUAGCCGUCGGCCAGCCCUACACCCCGUGGGGGCACUACUGCUCGACCACGAGCAACUACACCUGGGCCAGCCAGUACCAGAUAAACCUCGUCAAUGAUCUCAUGGGGGACCUCUGGAAGCGCGCCAUCACCAACCGGGGCUUCUACAACGACAUGGCUGGCGAGGCGCCCGACAAGGUGUUCGGCCUCACCAUGUGCUACGCUGACCGCAACUGGACCGAGUGCCAGAGUUGCCUCAAGGCCGCGGCUGCUGGGGUGCAGCAGGCGUGCCCUUACAGCCGGGAGAUGAAGGCUUGUUACGACGCCUGCGUCCUCCGUUACUCAGACGUGUCCUUCUUCUCCGUCGCAGACCUUGAAACUCCAUUCCAAGUGUUGACCACCGACUCCUUCGUCACCGACAUGAUCGGCAUGAACGGUGCGCGAAAGACGCUGCUGAGCCGACUCAUGGAGGAGGCCGCUGGCUCCUCGUUGCUGCUGGCGAACGGGCACUACCAGUACACGGACUCGCAGGGCAGUCUGCAGAUAGUGUACGGGCUAGCGCAGUGCACCAGGGACCUCAACGCCAGCGAGUGCACCAGGUGCCUCACGAACUUAAUCGCAUUGCAGACGACAAAUCAGCCUAACAACACCUACGGCACCAUCAAGGGCUACAGCUGCUAUGUGGCGUACAAGAUAGGGGAAGACCUCGGCAUCACCAUUCCGCCUGCAGCAGCAGAGCCACCGCUGCCGCCGCCCACUACGAAUACGCAGCCACCGUCUACUCCACCGCCUCCCUCAGGCCGUCAGGUAGCGCUGGUGGCGGGCGUCUCAAUCGGUUCCUUGACCUUCGUCAUCUUCGUUGGCCUCUCAGUAAGGUUCCUGCUGCGCCGCCGCAGGCAAAAGGCAAGAGAGCAUGAGCUAGAUGUGUUUGAGGACGAGCCGUUGGAAGAAGAGUUCAAGAACGGGGCAGGGCCCAGGAGAUUCCGCUACAACGACCUGGCAGUCGCCACCAAAUUCUUCUCCGACGGGGAGAAGCUCGGCGAAGGAGGCUUCGGGUCGGUGUACCGCGGGUACUUGAAGGAUAUGAACCUUCACGUCGCCAUAAAAAAGGUGUCCAAGAGCUCCAAGCAGGGGAGGAAGGAGUACGCUUCCGAGGUGAAGAUCAUAAGCCGUCUGAGGCAUCGGAAUCUCGUGCAGCUCAUCGGCUGGUGCCAUGGCGGCGGCGAGCUCUUGCUUGUCUACGAGCUCAUGCCCAAUGGAAGCCUUGACACUCAUAUCCACAACCAGAACAACAUACUGUCAUGGCCGCUCAGGCAUGAAAUCGUGCUCGGAAUCGGUUCUGCACUUCUGUACCUACAUCAGGACUGGGAGCAGUGCGUUCUGCACCGCGAUAUCAAGCCAAGCAACGUUAUGAUUGACGCGUCCUUCAACGCCAAGCUCGGCGACUUCGGGCUUGCGAGGCUCGUCGACCACGAACGGGAGUCACACACCACGGCGCUCGCCGGAACGAUGGGGUACAUGGACCCAGAGUGCAUGGUCACCGGAACGGCCAGCACUACAUCCGACGUCUUCAGCUUCGGCGUCGUCGUCCUCGAAAUUGCGUGCGGCCGGCGGCCAAUCGUGGUGGUACAAGACACCGAAGAAUACGCCACCAUGCACCUGGUGCAAUGGGUCUGGGAAUUUUACGGCCGUGGGUUGAUCCUUGACGCCGCGGACGCGAGGUUGAACGGCGAAUUCGACAGUGAAGAGAUGGAGCGCGUGAUGGUCACCGCUCUCUGGUGCGCGCACCCUGAUCGUGCCAUGAGGCCCUCCAUCAGGCAGGCGGUCAACGUGCUGCGGCUCGAGGCGCCAUUGCCGAGCCUCCCUGCGAGGAUGCCCAUCGCGACGUUCAUGCCACCGGUCGAUCGCUUCCUGUCUGGAUCUGGGGGCGUGACCGGCAGCAGCGGCAGCGCAGGCACCACACGGUCAAGCAUCGCGACGGAGGCUUCGUCCUUAUUGAGAUGAAAAGUGUACAGGAAUUAAAAACGUUGAUUAUUUCUGGUAUGGGUUUUGAGAUAAUGGAAAGAUUUCUAGUAUAGUAGUUUAUUUGUUUUAAACAUUUAUCACUCGUUAAAACUAUUUUCGUCACGUUGGAUGCAUCAAUACUAUCUAUUAACAGUGACGGAAUCGAUGAGUUCUCAAGACCCUAUUACUGUAGCUACUGUAUCAGUGGGACCUGUGUAUGUAUAUGUAUAUAUUAUAUGUAUAUAUAUAUGUGUAUAUUUUUCUUUACAUGUA